CCGCAAACUAUGUAAUCCAGAUUACAAAAUACUGCAGCUAGUUCAUCCUUGCAGACGUAAACUUUCCUGUUUGAGUUGAUGGAUUAAGGUAGACGGAAAAUAAUACAAUUACGGGAUGAAACUGCUACACAAACUUGUCGUGGUCAGCACGGCAUUGUGCGGGUUUCCGAGUUUGUUGUACUUCAAAAAUGAUAACAUUAAUCGGAGUCGAAAUGAGAGAUACGUUUGGUUCAAAGAUUUCACACCAGAAUUGCCCCCAUUAUCCAUCCAAAAAACGUAUGAUACUCCGAAGGAAAAUUCGCAUUCUCAUUUUCAAAAACUACCAAAUCAGGUGGAAUACCAAGUGUUAUCAACCACGAAUAAAACACUUUACAGAAUCGACCCAUCCGUUCUGGCAAAGGCUCGCGUGAUUUACAACUUCAGGCAAUCGAUCAGAACGGACUUAAAGGGGUUUGAUAUUGAUUGGCAAAAAAGUCACAUUCCUGAAUUUGGUGGCAAACCGAUACGCAACAUCAUAAUCUCCACUUGGCGAUCAGGCUCAACCUUUUUCGCCGAGUUGGUUAGCAGUCAUCCCGGAACUCUUCUAAUUUUUGAACCCUUCAUGCAUCUGGAAAGCGAGAGGAUUCGUACCCGAGGGGAGAUACCAAAUGCGAUAAAAAUGAGUAAAUCCAUUUUUGAUUGCCAAUUUAAUUAUACUGAGUGGACUAGAAAUAGUGGGGACUUCAUUUUCGGUAUGAUUAGUCGAAGCGACAAAAUGAAGCCAUUUUGUGCUAAUGUUCCUGACGGUUGUCGUGACCCUCGAUUUAUUUCGAAACUCUGCAAAGCCUUUCCCAUUCAACUAAUCAAAUUUGUAAGAUUCAGGUUGAAAGAUGCAGAGGAAUUGUUAUCGGAUGAAAAAUAUGAUACUCGCCUCGCUUACCUCGUCCGUGACCCGAGAGGUACAAUGAAGUCGAGGAACAAUGGGUCGAAUUACUGGUGUGACCAUCAUCCCGAUUGUUCUGACGAGCGUCGUCUCUGUGCUGAUUUGGUGGAUGAAUUUGCAGAUGCAAAAAUUUUAAGGGAGAAAUAUCCUACGCGUUUCAAGGUCUUGCGUUACGAAGACGUUUCAUUAAAUGUAGAACUCGCAGCGAAAACAAUGCUUCCCUUUUUUCGAUUAAGCUAUCACUCGAAAGUCAAGCAUUUUGUUACCCUACAUUCGAGAAUUACUCGAAAGGAUGAGUUUGGCACGUACCGCAAUUCAAAAAAGACUGUGUUCAGUUGGCUUAACUAUUUUCUGAAUGAUGUCACGCGUUUGGACAGAAUUCAAAAUUAUUGCAAAGAAGCGAUGGAUUUGUGGGGAUACAAACCUUUGGAUAUUAACCAGUUUAAGGCAGAGGGUGAAAAUUAUCAAGGAAAUUACACGCUGAAAGAGCUUGUUUUAGACCGCCCGCCUUGGGAGGAUAUGAAUUUGUCAUGAGUUAUUAUUGUUCUUUUUUAAAUUAAGACUUAAGAUUGUAAAUAUGUAAUUAUGUCUGCGCAAAGAAAGCACUCGACUGUGGGGCUGCAGCUGCUCUGAAUUUGGCCACCGCAUCGGAAGCCUUCUCCAUGUUGGAGCCUUGAUUUUGCAAAUCGUACACGAUAACAUUGUGCUUGGAUUGACCCAUUUGACUAGCCCACCCGUCCGGGUUCUGUCCUAUGUAAGCAAAUGUCCAAGUUCCGAGGGCUUCCUUCUUUCGAAUCAUGGCUUUCACUGAAGAACUUGUAGCUUUUUUUGAGCUAUUCUCUUCGCCGUCUACAAAAGGAUAAUAAAUGUUGUCAUAUUGUUUGGGAAUAGAUA